AUGUCGUGCACACCACCUUGUUUGAAAAUGAGCACUCCUAAUCUACCGAAUGGUAAUAUCAGAUCUGGCUUACCUUUUGAGUUAUGCCGUUCUGACUACUCCCUCCCGAUAACGGUCAUAUCACAAGCAUCACCCUUAGUUUCCGUUCCUAGAAAUGUAUUUAAUACCUAUCCAUCAAGUACACAAUCCAGAGGCAGUAAUGUCCUACAGAAACCUACCGUCAGUAAUUCAACGUCAAAUUUUUCUUUAGCCACUACAAGUAACAUUGCUCAGUCAAAUGCCAACACUUUCGCAAAUUACCCAGCAUUUAACAGUAUUUUUCAAACACUUUUACGCGGAACAAAUCCAUCUCAAGUUACCAUUUCUCCCCCAAAUGUCUCAGGUUAUGUUAAUACAGUGGCAGGACCGAAUGGAAAUCUGUUCACUGGUUUUCGACCUACGCAACUAUCUUAUCAGCCGAAUAUACGCAUCACUGCGCCUGGAAUUAUUUCGUCUGGAUCCACUCAUGGCACAGUAAACUCAGUUGCGUUGAGGUCAACAAACUAUACCACACGUAACAGUGUUAGUUCCACAUCGACAUGUACAACCACGGCCACUACAACUUGUAAUUCACUGACUACCAGUCGUACAGCCAAUCCAUCCGUGGAAUCAUUAUUUGUGUCAAGUAAUCUUGUUCCAGUUUCUGACUCAAUCAAUCGAACGCAAAAAUUGGGUGCUACGGCUUUUCUUCGAUGGGCGGAAGCGUGUACACGGUCGUUCAGAAAGGAGCGGAUUUCUGUUUGGCCUCGAUGCAAAGCCGAUUCAGAUGCAUUGCAUGAAAUGAACUGGAUUAUUUCUCCUCCUGGUCUUUUAGGCAUUUAUUCUGAAUCUCCUUUUUUACGACCUGUAGUACUACUACGCCGUGUUCAGUUUACUGCUCCUGGAAAUGUCAAUCCAAAUAUACCAGAUACUGAUAAUAUGGUCCGUUCUCUGCGUGAAAUGGCUGAUGCUAAAGUAACAAAGUAUCCAGGUUUCGCUCCACAAUUUCCACCUUCCGCAGCUUCUGUAGGUUUCACAACAGACUACAUGACCUACGUAUUUACGUUAGAAUUGGAGCGUCAAGUUGUCAAACUACUGCGUCCUAAGACUGGUGACCAUUCAGAAUGGAGAGUAGUUUUAAGGCUUGGUUGGGCUACGACGGAUUUCUAUGUUCCAAGCAAUGUAUCCUCGGUUGCUUCAUCUCGGCGAGCCCUUGUCUUAGAGGCAUUACCUCGUUGUCUUUCUAUUCGUGUCUCCGGUCGACCCGUACCCCUACCUGACCCCAUUUUUCAUGGUGGUCAGGCCCAACGUCUUGGAAAGCGCCUACGUUUAUCAAUUGAUAUAACAGACAAAGUACUCUUGAAGUGUGGUUCUGCAGUUAGAAACAGAGUCGUCGAUAUUGAAUUGACCUGGUUGCAUGCACCAUUGGAAGAUCAGUCUGUAGGACUUUUAAACUUGGUUGCUGAUGGACUGGUUUCUCCAUUGUUAUGUCAUCUAAUUGGGUUGCCUCUAGUUCAAGUUACACUUGAUCGGGCUUAUUCAGUUUCAGAUCUUCGAAAUACUUUUAAUUUAGACAAUCCAGAAGCCCACAAAAAUUUCAUUAAUGGACCUUUCUUAGAUCCUAUCGAAUUUCCAUCAUUAACAGUAAAUGCAGAUGGUUCAGGAACUUUAGAAGAUCAUGGGGUUUUCGGAGCUUAUGACAAUUGUUUGCCACCGACAUUCUCACUUCCUGCUGAUGAUACAAAGCAUGAACUGAAAUCUCGGCUUCAAAAAUCGUCUAACGAUAGUGAUUUAUGUAUUGAAGAUGGUGACGUUGAACUUGCAGACUACAUCCCUGUGUGCUUAUUGUGUCCACUGACUCGGACAAGAAUCGAUCUUCCUGUACGAUCGUUCAAUUGUUCACAUCUUCAAUGUUUUGAUUUACAUUCAUAUUUAACAAUCAACAUGCGAAGACCUCGUUGGUCUUGCCCUAUUUGUAGUAUCUCUGCACCAUUUCGUGACUUGAGAGUAGAUGAAUUUUUUAUGAGUAUUUUGAAGAAUCCCCGUAGUGUUGAUGUUGAAUUUGUUCAGUUGGAUGGAAAUGGUGAUUGGCAUUUAAAUAAUCCUAAUGACGUUAGUCCAAAUAGUUCAUUCAUCACGGAAUCUAAUCAAACAAAAAGUGAACAGAAAAAUGUUGAAGAGGAGGUAAAGGCUUCUAUUACAUUGGAAAAACUUGAUGUACCUAAUGAAAAAGCCAAAUUGACUACUGAUAAGUCAAAUGAAUCCGAAACAAACACUGUGGAUGUAAACAAUACACAUAUGGACACAACAGAACAAGUAACUAACGAUAAUCAAAAUAAUACUAUUAGUAAUAAUAACCAUUAUCAGCUAGAACCUGACGUAAUUAUCUUAAGUGACGAUGAUGAUGAUCAUAAUGAUAAUAAUAAUAAUGAUAUAAAGGAGGCGGAGACAAAUCUCCAAAAUGACCGUAAUAAUAAAAGUAUCAAUCAGUGUCCACAAAAAGUUGACAAGCUUAAAACCACUUGUAAUAACAGUCAGAAAAAUGACAUAAAUAAUGGUUUUCCAUGUUUAAAAGAAAAAAGUAUUAUCUCAAGUAAUACGCAGUCUACACGAACUUUUACGCUUGAAAUUGAUCUGACAAAUGACGAUUCAGAUUCUUCAUCACUCUGUGAACCAAAUAACAGAAUAUUGGAGGCCCCUUUUACUACUGAUCAUAUUGUCCCGACAAAUGAUAUUCAACAGUCGGAUCUUUCAUCUGACUUUAUUCGUACAAGAGAUGAAAUUCGAUUUGGUAAUAAAGGUCCGUUAAUAGUGAUUAGCCCGUUACCGUCUAUAAGUAUUCCCAAUUCUUUGUCUGGCUCAACUGAAGAAAAUGAUUUAAAUUCACAUUUAGAUGAAUUUACCGCUAUACGUAAUGAAUUGACUAUGGAUCCCAAACAGAUUUCACGUGCAGACAGUAAUUGGCCUCCAGGACUUGUACAAACUAUGCUGAGAACCUCUAAUAGUUCCUUUAACAAUAUAAAUCAGUUUGAUAUCAAUGAUUCUAAAUCUGCUUUCUAUCAACGACUAUUGGAAGUAACUGCUCAUCGAGUGAAUCAAACAAUGCUUAAAAGAAAUUCGCAUAUUUCCUUAAAAGAUAAUGAAAAAUUGUUAUAUAACAAGGCAUUAUCUCUUGCUUUUGAUGGUGGUGGGUCUAAGAGGAAAGGAACUUCAACUAGACCUAAUAAUAACAAGGUUAAUAGUAGACCAAAAACAUCUAAGAAGGUAUUAACAUCUGAUUCUGAAGAUGAAUUCCCAGAUAAACCUUGUUCAAUAGCAAGUUCUUCUACAAGUACUGGUCGUCGCAAUGCUCAUAUAAUUAAACAGCAACAAGCUGCUGCAUUAGCACGCCUAAUACAAGAACGAUCUACUCGUAUCAGAAGUACAUCUGAAGCAUCCAAUGAACAAAAUCAAAAAGAAAUUGAAAAUCUCCCUUCAACAAGCAGUACUAGUAAAAAAGUUAAAUCUAAGAAAAAUUCUGUCAUUGCUCAAUCCAAUAAAAAACGUCCUAUUCGUAAGCGACCUCGUCGACGCCGACCUUCAAAUAUAUCUGAUGAUAGUGACUCUUCUAGUCAAUCUUUAUAUACUUCGGAAAUGUCUUGCGUUUCCACUUCAGAACCAUCAAACGAUUCAUCUUUUGUUAAUUCAUCACAAUGUACUGAUGAAGAUGAUGACUUGUCAAUUGACUCAUUCUCAUCAGAUGAUCGAAGCAAAAAACUAAACGCAAACCUAAAGUUACGAUUGUGGAAUACUAUUUAUUUAACUUUUGAAGGUAACAAACUAUGCAAUAAUAUUAUCCUCUACCUCAUUUGUCAACCAAACUUGCAGUAUAACAAGGUGAUAUUAGCUGAAUAUGGCAGUUAUGAGAAAACUGUUGUAUAAAUUAUCUACGAUUAUAUAUUCAGACAAUAAAUAUGAGAUCAUUUUAGAGAUAUCUCACAGAUUAUAACCGUUAAUGUCAUCGUAUAGUGAUUAGUUGAUUUGAAGAAGCUUUCUAUCUGUUGUUUCUAAAAUUAAUAAAUAAUGAAUAAUGAUGAUGAGUUUCUUUUUUUACAAUGGUGGAUUAAAGGAUUCGUAUGAUGUAAAGUUGGACAUUACUGAAUGAUAACAUCCUUCAAACAAUUAUUCUGUCUUAUCUCAUAAUUUACUGUUUACCCAGUAUACUGUUCACGGGGGUGAAACUAGGACCUUCUGUUUCUAACACUGAGUUAAACAUCAUGACCUUUAGUAUUAAUUAGAUGCAUAGUUUUUUUCCAUUUUAUUCACUUGGAAUUUUUAAAAAGAAUAUUAUAAUGGGAUGAAUAUUGCGAAGUUGAAUUUUCGGGACUGCCUUAACUGAAUUUAUGAUUGAUAUAUUUGUUUUUUAAGUAAUAAAUACUUGAAUUAUUGUACUUUUAUAUUCAUCUGCUUGCAAGUUUUCCAUGAUGCAUAAACUGUUGUUGUGUUUUGUAACUUCCUUUGGUUACUGUUAAUUUAUUGAGGACCGAUUACUCAGUUCACUCCCACCUAUGGUGUCAUUAUGCCAUUAAUGUACUUCCUUAAUAAUGACGAUG